AUGGUGGAACUGUGUGAGCUGAAACUGAUUGAUGGCGGCAACCUGCUGGACUCGUCGCAUUGGCCGGCCGACAUGGACCAGCACAUCGCGCAGCUCGAUUUCCAGCGCUCAUCGGACGAGGAGGAGGACGCGAGCCUGUUCGCGAGCGUGGCCCUCGGGCCUUCCGCGGUCAUCUCCACCGAUAGCCUGGACAUGGAGAAGCUGCAUGCCCGCUGUGAGGCUUCGUUUGGAGGAUGUUUAGUGCUUAUGUUUAGCCGUGGACGGAAAAAUUAG